AAACUUGACGGUUCCAGUGACGCGAAUGACGUACAACACAAGGUCAAAGUUUACAUGUGCAACGUCACGAUAGGAACACAGUUGAAACGUAAACUCCCAAAGAAAACAUACAUUUCUGCGUGACAUGUGCAUGAUUUAACGUUUCAUUUAGCGGUUUUAAUUAAACAGGAUACAAUGCAGAUGCUUUGAAUGCAUAUCGAGCCGUACAGUAGUAGGUGGUCAUUUUUUAAACUUUGAGUUACGAAUUCGCAGCGGAGCUAGCGAGCUAACGUUAGUUUGCUAGCCAUGGAUCCGCUAGACAUAGUAAUGGACGAAGUGGCGUUGGAGGGACUGGACGGGGUUACUAUCCUCUCUCUGUGGAUUCGGUUGGAAAAGAGGAACCCUGCUUUCCCACGGAAUCUAGACUCGUACACUAAAGAGUUCAUUUGGAAAUCCUUGGUAUCGAACCACGAAGUCAACUUCUACGAGCUGCCGCAAGAGAGAGCGGAUGUCUUGCUCGUCGACAGGUUUGCAGACAUAGAUCCUGACACAGGGAUUCAGGAAGCAUCCUGUUGGGACAGAGUGGACUCCUACCCUGUCCAGGUCUUAUUGGAUGAUAAGAGUGGAAUCCAGGGCUCGUGUGUCUUCUUCAAGGAGAGGAGAAACGUCACCCCACUCAUCCGCACCACCAACCUGACGCCAUGUGUAACGUUAGAGGACGCCUUUAAAAGGUGGGGGAGGAAGCUGGUAAUGGUGGCCUCCCAGAGGUUGAGGUUCAGGGUGUUAAUAGGUGACGGAGGAGACCCGGACUUGAAGCUGACUGACCGCUCAUACUGUAUCCUGGAGAGGCUGGGGAGGGCCCGCUGGCAGGGAGAGCUACAGAGAGACCUGCAGUCCUGCUCAUUCAAGACGGACCCGAGGAAGUUGCACUACUUGAGGAAGUCUCUGACGCAGAAUGAUCUGAUCACCAUGCAGUCUCAUGUCCUCAGACUGGCCAGCGGAGGACAGCAACACUCCAUACUGCUGCUGCUCAAACGCUUCCACGUAGACCGGCGCAGUAAGUAUGAUAUCCUGAUGGAGUUGACCUCUAACCUCCUGUCAGAGGCGCCCAACCACAUAGCCUCCAUGAUCACACUACGAGACCAACUGAGUAUCAGUGAGAAGACCUUCAAGCGUAUGUAUCAGUACAUGCAAGCCGCCAAACUGGUCCAAGUUGUCAUUAAACCAGUUGAACACCUCAACCCUACAGUAGGACCUUGUGACACCAGGAGAGGCACCAAGGUAGUGGCUCGCUGUCUGAAGCUAAUCAAACCCUACGUGAGGAAGGAGGUGGUCGAGGAUGACGAUGAUAACGACGACGAUGAUGGGGGAGGAGCAAAUAGGAAGACCGUCCCCACAGAGGGGCGGAUCAUGGAGAGAGACUUGCUCUCACAGGCCUAUGGGAUCAUCGUGUCCUGCGGGACCAAGGGCAUCUCUCAGAGUGCACUGCGUGCGAGGAUGUGCAUCGGCAAUCUGGAGUCUCGUAUGAUCUGCCGACUGCUGGAGAGGACAGACAUGAUCAAGGGUUUCAUGGAAGACGAGGGUCGUCAGAGGACCACUAAGUACCUCGGCCAUAUGCAUGUAGAUGAGUCCGAUCUGCUUCAACAUCUAGUUAAAGAGCAGGAGCGAUCAGACAGGCUUCGCGCUGGAGGGGGAGGAGGGGAAGGAGAGGGGGUCCCCAAAACCCCAGCACAGGCUACCCCAAAAACACCAGCUACCCCAAAGACUCGGCCUACCCCAAAAACACCAGCUACCCCAAAGACUCGGCCUACCCCAAAAACACCAGCUACCCCAAAGACUCGGCCUACCCCAAAAACCCCAUUGCUUCUGGAACCUCUGGGAGACACUGAGGGAGAGGAGGAGGAGGAGAGAGAGAGGGAUGAGGAAGACAAAGACUGGGAAGUCAAGAAGAAAGGGAAGAAGGGAGCGAAGAAGAAAAAUGCAAAAGAAAAGAAAGUGGGCAAGAUGUCUCUCCUGAAGCAGUCCAAAGUCAACUUCCUGGUACCUCAUCACUCUACACCCAUCACGAGUAAGACCACACCCCCUACCAAAGGUGGAGCCAAUCAGGAGCCAGAGCUGGAGUCUACGCUCAGCCCAGAGGAGGAGUCAAAAUUCUGUCCUGACGUUUCAUUGGACCAGACGGGGAGUAUGUUCGAAGGCAACAGCCAAGCAGAGAACAGCGUCACGGUCGUCGAGGAGAUCCCCAGUCAGAAGGAGCACCAACGCCAGACGUACCGCCUGCUGAAGAGGAAGAACGUGAUUGUGGAAGCUGUCCAGAGCCUCAAGAUCAUAGAGGGCCUCUUCACAAUCCAGAGGUUGGUUCAGGAUGAGGAGAAGCUAGAGGGUGUGAUCACCAAGUGUUGUAAGAAGUCUAUCCUGCGUCUCAUCAGAUCUCUGUCUAAAGAGGGAAUGCUCAAACUGUUCAGAACCACUGUUAUACAGGACGGAGUCAGCAAGAAGGUGGAGUUUAUAGUCCACCCCUCUGUCUCUCCUAGUGAUGCUGUAGUGAAGUCGGCUAUAGAACAGGUCCGCUUCCGCAUCUCCAGCUCCUACCCUGCUGCACGUAAUGAAAUGCAGGAGGAGGAGAAGGCUAAGGAGAGAGAGAGGAGCAGUGUGGGAAAUGAGGUCCCUGCUGAACCCCAGAAUAUGACAACAGAGGACAAAGACAAACAACUGAAGACCUUCAAACCUUCUAUAGUCCCAGGUCUCAGCAGGUCUUUGGGGUACCAGCCUAAGAUGCCACGUCUGAGACUGACACACACCUUCUUGUGGUAUCUGGUCUACGGACACCCCCUGAGACACCCCUCUACCCCCUCUACCGCCACUCCCCCUGACCUCCACAACACCCCCAGCUCUAUCGUCCUCCCCACUGAUAACCCUGGUGUCCAGACGACCUACCCCACCACCCCCGGUAACCCCUCACAACCCCAAACUACACACCCUGACGACACCCAUCCUUCUAGCUCUGAAAACACAGACCUCACCACCUCAACCCCCCGAAACACAGACUCCCCCGACACCCAGAACUCGGACCUCCCCGACACCCAGAACUCGGACCUCCCCGACACCCAGAACCCACCCACUGACAACGCUGCAGUAAGUGACCCCGCCUCCACAGAGGGCCAGCCAGGCCUGCCCACUGACCCGGAAGUGAUGUCAUCGUUGGCGGAGGAAGGGCAGGAGGGGAUCAAUCUGACAGAUGUCGGACACGACCCUGACAUGAAAGGUACAUUACAGAAAUAUUUGAAUUAAUGCUAACCUCCCUUGUUAUUGGUACGAGAAUAUGUGAAUUAAUGCUAACCUCCCCUGUUAUUGGUACGAGAAUGUGAAUGAAUGCUAACCUCCCCUGUUAUUGGUACGAGAAUAUGUGAAUUAAUGCUAACCUCCCCUGUUAUUGGUACUAGAAUAUGUGAAUGAAUGCUAACCUCCCCUGUUAUUGGUACUAGAA